CUUCAAAGGCGUAUUACAGAUACACUAUAAAUAUGUAACUGCUAGGAUGGAUUUAUACCAAACUCUUUGAUGAGUCAUACAGCAGUAUUUUUUCGCUCUGAUCAUAUCACCUUCCGUACUUCUAGUCCUCUAGUCAGGUAGUUUAUAUUACCUCUAGUACAGCAUAGCUUUAGUUUUUUCGUAGCUGCUCUUAGGUACAUGAAACUUUUCCCAGUCUCAUGAUAGAUCAUAAUAGAACUAGGAAAUUUCAAUCAUAUUUCUUCUGGUUCUAGUUUCAUCUAAUUAUAACAUUGACCCACCUGAAGAGGUUUUAUCAAGAAGAAUGGCAGAUGUUGUCGAGGACACUCCUGCAGUGGUUGUAGAGGGUCCGUCCUCUGACGAUGCUAAGCCGCAAGAUGUCCUCCCAGAGAGCAAAGGAAUGGAAGGAGAGGCGCCAGCAGCAGUGGUUGAGGAGGCGGCCGCCGCACUGCCUGAGUCAACUUCUGCACAGCCUGGUCCACCAAUAGUUCUUAAGAUUAUAAGUUGAACUCCUAGGCUCCGCGAGUUCCAUUUAUUUCGAGAAAUAUUGAGUCUUUGGCCUUCCUCGGUUCAUCAACAUGAUAGAUUCCGGCAGAAAUCAAAGAGAUCGUGAGGGAUUCACUCGACUAGCACAGAUGAUCCUAAUAGAAAUACAACUACGACAUCUAAGAGUACAGCAAAUGGCGUCGAGCAAUUGGCAGAAGAUUUGGGCAAUAUGGGCGAUGAAGGGGCAGAGAUCCAAGAAGGCGAUGCUGUAGUCGAGGAGGAGCCAACUAAUCACGUAUUAUGAGGUUUUUUACAAAAAAAACAUUAUAUCAAGUAGAAUUCCCUCUUCUAUUCUUAGCAGGUGUAUCGUCUCUUCAUGCAACAUAUCAAACUUUAAAGCUAAAGCUAAGUACGUGAAGAAUAGUGGGAUCUCUGGUCUUCUAAUCCAUGUAGAGGAAGAAGUGGCAAAACCAGCUGUGGAUAGCUCAACCGCAUCAACACCAGCGUCAGGGCCGGCAGCAGCUCCUUACAAAGGCGGAAAAAAAGGCCGUACUAUUAUAAUAUAACACGAUCCUUGUACAACUUGUCGUAGAUAGAUAGGCAGUCUCUUGGACUACCAAAUAGUACUAGGUAGAAUGGGACCCUGUGCCACUACUUGCACGAGAUUAUAGAUGACAGUGAGUAACCCUACGGGUUGCGCCUUAGUUGUUCUAUAAGGGUCGAAUGUCCGGCUCUUCUGAUAGAUGUAGACUCGUGGCCGAAUGUACGGCCUUAUGCGUCCCCAGUAAGUAACUUAUUUAUCUUUUGCAGCUUGCUAGAUUUGUAUAAUUGAUUAAAAGGGCGGUAGCAUAUAGUCCUAGUAUGGAAAAAAAUAGAAGCUUAAGAUUUGUGGCCGAUUGUACGGCCUUAUGCGCCCCCAGUAUGUAAUUUGUAUGAAAAAUUAGUUGAACGAGUUAAUUAAUUAUUGUUUGAAAGGGCGGUGGCAUAUUUAUAGUCCUAAGUAACGCAAAAAAAAAACCUACGGUGGUCACGAAUGACCAUAACAGCACAUAACAUAAUUACCAUCUUACCUUCGUCAACGUUGUAGACUUGUUACAUCAACCACUCAUCUCGAUCUCUCAGUCGGGAAAGGGAGAACGAUAGAAGAUGAUACGCCUUACGUGCAUAGGAGGCUAAAACUGUUCAUCGGCCAUCUCCCGCAGUGGGUGGACGAACCUAUGGUACAAUACUUUUUAGUUUUACAGUAUCUUCUACACUUUUUUGCUAGGCUACCUCCUCCACCCUUUUGUCACCAGUGAUGUAGUUCAAGUAACACCACAUUCAUAUGUAUGAUCAUCAAGCCCGUCCUCGACUAGUUUGAGUUCAAUACAUACACAUUCUUUUCAGAUUAUACCCCAGCAUCAUGAAUACACCAUGAUAGUAACAUAUUCUUUGAGAUGAAUUACAAUUACUAAGACUAUUAUUAGUUACACUACAAGUGAUGCACCAUGACCCCUGCAGAUUUCAACGCAAAACUUCACAAUUGCUUCUUCAAAUAAUUAUUUCGCCUACCAUAUACUUCACCCAAAAAUCAUCAACUUCAACGCAGUUAUGGCAGCAUUUUGGGAAGUAUGGCAACCCAGCAGAGCUGUCCCUGGUGCGGAAAGGAGGUGGCAUUUUUGCUUUUGUGACUUACCGACAUGCUGCGGAGGUAGACGCAGCAGUAAAUCAUGGAACAGAAUUCCCUUAUGAUUGGCUGCUAAGUACUUCUUCUUGGAUCAUGUUGGUGCCUUUUUGGCGCUUAAUAUAACCCCUUUUUCUCUUCGUGUUAACACCUCGUCCUCACCUCUCUAUCUCCUUUUUCUCUUUUUUUUAACAUUUCGUCACCUCUCUAAUCCCGUGGCCACCAUAUUCCGCUGAAUAUCCGGUACCAAUCGGAGACGGAGAUUCGAACAGAGGGCAAAAAAGAGGAAGACCUGUAUCCCCACUUGAAGAGCGACGAGCCAACGAAAGUGUACAUCAGAAAUGUGGAGACUUGGAUGGAGGAAGGAGAACUAGGAAACUUCUUCUCACAAUGGGGUAUUUUAUGAUACUAUCAUGUACAGUAGAUCAUAGAGUUACUAUAUUAUCAUACUAUAGUAGUUUGUGUUUAUGAUACUAUUUUUAUUCAUUAUUUUUACUACUGUUAGAAAAGGUCGUCGUUACCGGGGUUCUUCUACUAUUUUCUUGAUAGAUUUUUGAGGGCGGUAUUUUAAUAUUAGAGUACUUGUGAUUGAGUUUUCACAGCAUCCACAGGCACACUUGUUUCAUUCUUUCACCCAUGCAUGGAUUCUUUAUUCAUCUUGCAAUGACACUACUACUAAAUGUAUUUCUUCUCACAGGUCUGGUGCUGUUAGUCGAUAAGGCACAGGACUGGAAAGGAAAAGGAAAGAAUGCGAAGGUGACGUGCUUCGUACACUACGCAAAUAGAGAAGCGUCUAUCCGACUCUGGAGAGAGGUAUUGUGUUUAUACAAUAGCCCGUUCUAUGACUAUAAGUAGAGAGGCUAAGUGACGAAGACGAAGAGCAUUAUGUCCAGGACCACGUUGAGGAAUUUUUAUCUAUUUUGUAUAUCACGGACAACACAGGAGUUGUACUUCUUCAUCCACAUCUAUUUCAUUCACAACAGCCUGGACAGCGAAUCCAAUUCCGAGGUCGACAAUUGGAAGUGCGUACUGCUGAGUCAAACGCUCACGGACCUAUGGACGCAAUAAAAAGACAAGACUUCUUGCUUCGUGCAAUGAACAGGCAUUUCCAGGCUAGAGGUCAGCAUCAUCUCGUAGUACAUCCCCCACCGCAACCUGUCAUGCAGGCAGCGCCACAGGUGUUUAACUUUAAUGUUAUGAUCACCUGUUAAGCAGGCAGCACCAAAGGUGGCGUUUAACCUUAAUCGAGAUCAUCUUCCAUCCUCUAGUAGUAUUAAAAAACUUAAACUCAAAGCUCCUUAAGUGAUAAUCGAGCUCGAGUACCUAGACUAGCAAGCAACUCGACCGCUGCCACGCAGAUACGCCGAGAGCUGUGCACUUCAGUGACGUCCCAUUAUACUACGGCCGACAUGGGGGACACUUGCAGCCGGCGAAACUCAACAAAGCCAACUGCUAUAGUUUCAAACUAGGCCCAUCAUUUUCAGCGCCUGCGUGUCAGCUUCUGACGCUCGAGCGGAGCUGGUUCCGCUCAUCUCGAAGGACUCAGGUCCCUUUUCGCAAGAACGUGGCGCGGAAAUGCUGCGUAGCCUUACAACCGCAGCGACUUGCCUUGUGCUCGCUCAGCGAUAACGAGCGCAGGGGGCCGGUCGUAUCUUGGAAGCAAAUGGAAGCAGCUACCCACCUGAAGCGGCUGCCUCCAAAAGAGGCCCAGCGAGUAGCGAAGUCGUGCACAGCAGUCAACGCCCCCGAAUUCUGGAACGAAAUCAAGGGAAAGACCCCGGGGGGCGUGGCUUUUUCGCGUCCAAUGAUAUAAGUUUGGCGCCUCAAGAGUUGGGCCCUCGCGGUAUUCUUCCACCAAAUCCCGACGGCGUUCGCACCCUCGCGCCGUGGCCGGCUGGGGCGGGUUUGACCCUGAUGGCAGUAGAGUGGCCUGCGUGGGCACGCUGGGGGUUAACGACUGGGCGCCACGUUCACAAAAUGAGCCACGCGAUUACCUGGGAAGGGAGGGGUGAGCGAACAGCAACGCCUGAAAGCCGUGCGGCGCCAGUGCAGUGCGACUACGUACCGCGGUGGGCUGUCUUUCGCUGUCGCGUCUGCGUGAGACAUUCGGGGGAAUCUUAUCAGCCUGGAGGCGGUUGGGGUCGGACACUUAUCGCAGAGGGGUUUCCUUUUGUUGGUUAAAACGAUAGCCAUAGGAGACACGCGCGACGCGUCUCCUCGCCGUCGGUGUCCAUGCCGCGCCAAUGUCGUCGACUUUGUCGACACUACAGGCAUGGAGCUGCCGGCGGAGGCCGUUCCUGAGGUGUGCAGUGGUCCCUGACGAAGCAGCCGCAAGCUGACUGCGCCGGCUGCUAGCGAGAAAGCGAGUAAGACGCAGAAACCCAAAAAGCUACAACGGACCCACCCAAAAGACCCUGGCGAGGAAGAGCCGGAGGACCAAGAGGGCAAUCUCCUCGGAGAUGGCAAGCACUGGCGUGAGCCUGCGCGCCGAACCUUCUCGAAGUGCUUGAGAGAAUAAUAUAACUGAGGCCGUAAACACUUCAAGGCUUGCUUUCUUUAUAAGUGGGCGCUACGGGGGGCAGAGCGCUGCCAAGUAACAGCAUGAGCCUCUGCGUGGCGCGAGACAGUAAGAUAGGCCCACGCUUUCCCCCUGUUGAAUGGGGCGUCGCUAUGUAUUGUUCUGAUAGAGCGACAGGGCUGAGAUAAAGAUGGGAAACCUUGCCCAAGUUGCACCUCUGUGGCGAGGGCGUGAGCUCCCCUUCUUUUGAGGGACAUUCUUUGGCUGAGGAGCGCUCCUUCGCCAUGGAGUUGGAGUCACGCGACUGCCUUUGCGAGUCCCACCGACUCUACCGCAGAGGCAUUGGCGCUGCAAAUCUAAGCCGGCCCUUUGAGUGAGACGUAGUUCGCCGCCUUGGCCCGGAUGCCGCGCCCCGCCCUUUUGGUCACCAUUGACUGCGAGUGCGGCUGCUUGUGGCGAGUUCGCCUCUGCCUCGCGCUUGCUUGUGUUACGGCGUGACAUACCGCGACCAAACUGAUACCCGGGGACUAAUUGGGCCCCGCGUACGGCUCUCGGGCUGCAUGAUGUUGGAGCGCCGCCAGGCUUCCUAUAGUAACUAACUAACUACCUAGGCCAACACUGACUAAGACUAUUAAUUUUGACUUUCUUCAUCGUAUCAAUUUUUUUUCGAUCGAAAUUUUUACAGUAUGAUCCGAAUGUGUAUGCGGUUGCUGGUGGAUACCCAGCAGCACAGGUAGUUUACUAUGACCCAAAUGCGGCAUAUGUUGCGGCGCAACCAGUUGUGCAGUACCAGUAUCAGGCAGCCCCAACCGCAGCAGCAGUGGCGCCCGCUGCAGCAGAUCCAUACGCUGCAACUCAGUACGUUGCCACGCAACAACCACAACAAGCGCAACCAGCACCUGCAACGGCACAGGUAUAAUUCUUGGAGGGGAGAUACAGAUAGCAUUACUAGUACUAGAACUUAAACUAAUAUUGUUAGAUUAGAUCGUGGAUGCACUAGGAGAUCAAGAUUUUUCACAGUUCGCAACUCGAAUGAUAAAAUCAGUGUCAACCCUCCUUUUACACAGUAUGCUGCGGUGGCUAGUGCGGCACCAGCGUACGACCCGUAUCAGCAGCAGGUAGUAGCGGCUCAACAGCAGGCAGCGGCCCAACAGCAGGCAGCGGCCCAACAACAGGCAGCCGCCCAACAACAGGCAGCCGCCCAACAGCAGGCAGCGGCCCAACAACAGGCAGCCGCCCAACAGCAGGCUGUGCAACAGCAGCAACAGCAGAUGGCUCAACAACCGCCCCAGCAAAUGAUGCAGCACCAGCAGAGUCCUCAACAGACGCAGCAAGUGCAUCAUGUGGCGCAGACGCAGCAAGUCCAGCAAGUGCAACAGGUGCAGCAGGUGCAGCAAGAACCGAACUAUGGAGCUGGAUUCGGUGAGAGUUACUCAGCAGCGCAACCUCAGUACUAUCAGCAGCAGGCAGCCGCUCCAGCCACAACUACCAGAUACAACCCGUACUAA